AUGUCGGUCAAGAUCGAAUCACCAUCUACUACAACUUCCCCUCUGCUCCACCACAAGCACUCGCUGGCGAGAGUAUCUCCAUCAUCGUCAACAAUAGCUACGCGAAGAAGAAUGAAGAGACAGCAGCAGCAACAGCACCAACAGAUGCAGCAAGGCCGCAACUUCUCGCGUGAGGGCCGUCAACCAUUCAGCCUUCAAGCAGAGCCUGUAGUCAGCGACGCUCAUGCAGCGAUGGACAUCGCCACGGCUCGUCCUGGUCAGGCCACAGCAUCCGGAUGGCCACUCAGCAAUAGCCAGCGCGACGCAGACGAGACCGUAGCAGCAUCCUUCGACGACGCUUUCCGCCACGACGAUGCUUCAUCAGGCAUCCCCUCACCCCUUGAGCGACGAAGCGGAAGCAUCUCUAGCACACUUUCUCAGCUCGCAGGCGAUGAGUGGAUUAGGCGUGGCAGCGGUGCGUCCUCGCAACCGCAUUACAGCGAGACGAGUGUGUCACAGCAAGCUUUCAGCCCAGAAGGGCUCCCUUUAGUCUCAAGCCCAGAGUCCGGCAUGCCAAUGGCAGCGUCUCUAUCGCAGGGCAUGACCCCUUCUUCUGACAGCUCGUCUCUUUUCGGCACCUCAAUAGACUCCCAAUCGUCAGCCGCUUUCUCGGCAGAAGGCUCUGACAGCGAGGUCAAGCCCUCCCUGAUGUCCAGCUCUCCAGCAGCAGCCGCUGCUAGUAAGAAGGGCAAAGCAACAAAGCCUCGCGCCCCACGCAAGAGCAAGAGCGGCUCCCACGCCAAGGCCAAGUCGCCGGCCCAUAUCCCCCGACCUCGCAAUGCAUUCAUUCUCUUCCGCAGCCACGCCGUCAAGUCGGGCAUUGUCACCAGCCAAGACGAGACGGACCAUCGCAACAUCAGCCGCAUCGUAUCGCAUAUGUGGAAUAGCCUAUCAGAGGCGGAUCGUAAUACAUGGCAGGCAGAGGCGCAGAAGGAGAAAGAGGAGCACGCCAGGCUCUACCCAGACUACAAGUUCCAGCCGCAGUCUCGCACUGCAAGCAAGCUUCGCCGCAAUGUUUCUCGACCCGAGGGGGUCGUCGAUAAGUGCGCUCAAAUCGCCAACGAAAUUCUCAAGAAGAACGGUGAAGACGGUGUCAAAUUCGAUGAGAAUGGUCAGACGUUGAGCGCUUCGGCCAAGUUCAAGAGAGACCGUAGAGAAGCCCACGCAAUGAAGGUAGCCAAUCGCAAAGCACGCACGCUGUUAAGACCCUCGCGCUCUCGCACGACAUCAAAGAACAGCCACCUCGGAGCUGACGGCACCGGCACGCCCUACCUGGCUGCAUCGUCACCCUUUUCUGGAGCCUCGUACUACUCCUCAUCCAGCGCAAGCCCAGCCCCACCGUCAUUCUAUCAGGCGCCUCCUUUCUUUUUGGAAAGCCGCAGAACGUCGGCUGCCGGAGACUUGGCUACGAGCAUUUCGACUCGAGACAGCACCGGUGGUCGGGUCGCUCCCCUGGCGUUGGACGCACCGCCAACAACACUCAAUCGCCGAGGAUCAUCAGUUCCUCCUCUUGACGACCUCAACCACGGGCAAUAUCCGCACAAGCCCUCACAAGAACACAUGCUGUCUGGCGAGCAAGAUAUAAGGGCGUACGCUGCUCAAACAGCAGGUUGGCCAAGGCAAGAGAGGAGCAUGUUCAGAGGAUGGGAUGCUCGCCCCAGUACAGCAGACGCUUCGGGCCUCAUUCCGGGCGCUCCAGGGUCCGAGCCCUUUGGAAGCUACAGGAUUGCUCCCAUGGGCGCUGUCUCGUCUGCUCGUAAGGGUCCUCCUCCAGCAUUCGAUCUCGGAGGACACAGCAACCUCCGCAGAGGUUUCGUUGGCCAACACCUCGACGAAGGCGCCGGCGGUCUGAUGUCACCACGAUCCAGCGUAGGAGCACCCCUGCCCCCUCCUCUCCCCGAGUCGUGGCCUACAGCAAGGAACGCUGAGGGCGCGCCGACGCCACGAGCUUCGGCCUUCCAGCAUGCCUUGCGACUGUGGCCUGGACAAGCGCCGCAAGACGACAUCACGCUUCUGAGCCCGCUGAAGAAUGACUUCAACGGCGUACCUACCGGUGGGCGUCGUACGAGUGCUGCGUGGUCAAAUUGGAACAGGAUGUCGACUCACCUGGGCGGGCCAGGGCCGUCGCCAUCUGGAGGUCGCCGAAUCAGCUUUAUGAGCGGCAAUACCGCUUUGGCAUCGUCCCUGCCCAGUCAGCUGCAGCAAGAGGCUGUCGCUUACCCUCUCUUCUCACCAGCUACCAACGCCUUCGCCACACAAUUUGCGAGCAACGAGACCACCAGAAAUGUCCUCCCCGCUCCGCCACCAGCUCCCUUCGGCGCCGUAGCUGCGGACACUGGGAUGGCCGUCGAUGAGAAUGUCUUCCAGUUCAGCCCAGAAUUCCUCAUGGACCUUGAGGGUGGUCACGUGGAGCAGUCACAACGCACCGGCGGGCAACCCCCGUCAGCGGCCCAUACUUCGCGCGAGAUACCCCUGACCGGUAUCGAGGCUGAGCGAGAAGCAAUCUCGCAGAGCGAUGCCUUUGGACGUCGAAUGAGCACAAGGCUGUUCGAGCGUUGGAUGCAUCAGCAACAAGUGCCUGGACCCCCGGAGGAAGAGGUAGCUGUCUUUGACCCGGCGAUCGCUGGCAACAUUCCUGUGGCUGGACCAUCUCGACUGCAGCGUCGUCGCAGUAGCCAGCAACAGGAGCAGCAGCAUCGGGGUGUCAUUCACCCCUCCCCGACUAGCUCUUCCCCCACGAGCCCUUCAGCGUCGCAGCCGCGACGCUCUCCCGCCACUCCACGAAAGAAGAAGGGCAAGGCGACUACACCGUCGACCGAAGGCGUCGUACAGCGCUCAGUGCCCCUGAGCCCUGCGCCGCGUCGCGUCCCACAGCAUCCGCAAUGA